GUAUCUUUUAAACUUGUCUGCCCAGUGGUCAAGGACAAACUCAAGAUUAAAAUACACACUUGUCAUGUGUACACGGCAUAGAAAACAAAGAACUAUUCAAAGCAACAUUCAAAUAAUAUUCAAAUAAGAAAAUUAUAUUGACCUUACCAACAUGGCGCUCCGCUGCGUUUCCUGCUCUGGUUGUGAAACAGUUGCAUAAACUCUACUUCAGAAUAAAAUAUUGUUAGCCAGGCACCGGAUCAGAGUCACACAUCACUGAAGAUACCUCUCAAUAACAUGUUAUCAGCAGCUAUUGCAAGAAAGGUUGUUGGUUCGGUUUGCCGAGCAUCACUGCGUCCAGCUGUUGGCACGGUGAUUUCUCGGGGUUACCGAGGUGAUGCCCCGGAACCAACCAUCAUUGAGAUCCCGCUGCCGCCGUGGCAGGAGAAGACAGGCGAGUCCCUGGAGAUCAAGAGGAAGAGACUCCUGUAUGAGAGCCGCAAGAGAGGCAUGCUGGAGAACUGCAUCCUUCUCAGUCUUUUUGCAAAGCAGUACCUGAAUACAAUGAGUGAAUCACAGCUCAAGCAGUACGACAGAAUCAUCAAUGAACCCAGCAACGACUGGGACAUCUACUACUGGGCAACAGAGGCUCUGCCCACACCUGAUGAGUACCAGGGCGAGGUGAUGGACAUGCUCAAAGAGUUCACCAAGAACAAGGACAUGGAGCAGCGUCUAGAUGCCCCCAAUCUUGAAUAUCUGGACAAGAGCAGUUAAAACUCAGCCUUCUGCCAGAGACUGUCAUAGCAAACCAGAACUGAGCUCAUACAAGCACCUGAGACACAACAGCCAUCAUAGGCCAAUAUAUAUAUAUAUAUAUAUAUAUAUAUAUUCAAAUACAUUAAAUAUAUAUGGUAAAUUAACGCACCCAUGCAUAUAUAAAUAAAUUAUAUAUAUAAACCGCAAUUUUGAAUAAAUGCUGUACAGUGACUGUGAUGUGAAACUACCAGUUGUAUUAAAGUUUGUUCUAAUCGA